AUGGCUGCCAGGCGUGGAAAUACCAAGAACUGGAACAUCCUGUCCUUCCUGUUUGCCAUUCAGGAGAUCAAUCGGAAUCCCAGGCUCUUACCCAACAUCACCCUGGGCUACAUCAUCUAUGACAACUAUCUCAAUGCAAGAGCUAUCUAUGAUGCCUUGGUAGACUUGCUCUCCACUGGGCAGGCAAAUGUUCCCAACUACAAAUGUGGAAGAUGGAGUAUCCCCUUGGUUGUUCUUGAAGGGGAUGAAUCUGAAAUCUCUGUCCAGAUUGCAACCAUGGUGGACAUCUACAAAAUCCCACAGCUCCACCCUUUUCUAGGGAACUUCAAGUUUUACAAUCAUUCCAUGGACGGGGUGUAUCUGGAUGAGAACGGGGACCUGGCAGCCGACUUUGAUGUUCUGAGCUAUAUGGCAGUUUCCAACGAUUCUCUUACCCAACUUCAAUCCAGAUGCAGCAAAAGCUGCCCACCUGGGUACGCCAAGGAGAUUCAGGAAGGGAAGCCCAUUUGCUGCUAUGGUUGUUCUCCAUGCAUGGAAGGGACCAUCUCCACUCAGGAAGAUGCAGACCAUUGCAAGAAGUGUCCAGAUGAUCAAUACCCAAACAAAGAGCAAGAUCGGUGUAUUCCCAAGAGUAUCACCUUCCUGUCCUAUGAAGAACCUUUGGGGGUCAUUCUAGCUUCCUUUGCCCUACACUUGUUCCUAACCACAAGUUUUGUGUUAGGUAUCUUCAUUAAAUACCUAGACACUCCAGUAGUCAGAGCCAACAACCGGGACCUCUCUUUCAUUCUCCUCGUCUCCCUCCUGCUUUCCUUUUUGUCCUCCUUUCUAUUCAUUGGUCAGCCUAGCAAAGUGACCUGCCUUCUCCAACAAACUGCCUUCUGCAUCAUCUUCUCAGUUGCCGUCUCUUCAGUGUUGGCCAAAACCAUCACUGUGGUGGUUGCAUUCAUGGCCACACAGCCAGGGAACCAGAUGAAGAGGUGGCUGGGGAAGCGUUUGGCCAACUCCAUUGUUUUGUCCUGUUCCAGUAUUCAGCUUGGCAUCUGUAUCCUUUGGCUGGGAAUCUCUCCACCCUUCCCAGAUUCUGACAUGAACUCCCAGCCAGGACAGAUCAUCCUGCAAUGUAAUGAAGGGUCUGUUAUCAUGUUUUAUAGCUCACUUGGCUACCUGAAGUUCCUGGCUGUCAUCUGUUUCAUUGUGGCUUUCCUAGCCAGGAAGCUUCCUGGGGCUUUCAAUGAAACCAGGCUUAUCACCUUCAGCAUGCUGGUCUUUUGCACUGUUUGGGUGUCCUUUAUUCCUACCUACCUAAGCACAAAAGGGAAAUACAUGUUGGCUGUGCAGGUCUUCUCUAUCUUGGCCUCCAGUGCUGGGUUACUGGGCUGCAUCUUUCUUCCCAAAUGCUACAUGUUUAUACUGAGGCCGGAUCUGAAUUCAAAGAAGCAUCUAAUGAUGAAAGUGAAAGGUGAAUUCUAA